CAUGUCGUUGACAUAUUUCUGAAUUUGCGAGCGAAAUUUCGUUCAUGCAUUUUACAAACGAUAGUUUUUGUCUGAGGGGAAAGCGUGGCUGAUGGUCAUUGACGAUCGGCGACAACCGGCCGAGCGCGGCGUGUGGCAUCGCGUGAUGCCGGCGCUCUCGGCCGGUUUUGGCGAGCAGAUUGAGGAAUACCAAGUGCUGAAUCUACUCGGCAAGGGCGGCUACGGGAGCGUUUAUCGAGCAAAAUGCCUUCGCAGCGGCGUCGAGGUUGCGAUCAAAAUGAUCGACAAGAAAAUAAUGAUGAGUGCUGGGAUGACAAAUAGAGUAAGACAGGAAGUACAGAUACAUUCAAGAUUGAAGCAUCCAGCUAUUUUGGAGUUGUACACAUGUUUUGAGGAUGCAAACUACGUGUAUCUAGUUUUAGAAUUAUGUCACAAUGGCGAGCUUCAGCGCUAUCUCAAGACGCAAGGUGCCAAGGCUUUGUCCGAAGAACAUGCCGCCUGUAUAAUUAAACAAGUUGUACAAGGUUUACUCUAUCUUCAUUCCCAUCAAAUACUUCACAGAGAUAUGUCUUUGUCCAAUUUACUUUUGACCAAGGACAUGCAGGUGAAAAUAGCAGACUUUGGAUUAGCCACACAACUGAGUAAACCUGAUGAAAAACAUUUAACUAUGUGCGGCACGCCGAACUACAUUUCACCCGAAGUUGCUACGAGAUCUUCACACGGUCCAGAGGCAGAUGUAUGGAGUUUGGGAUGUAUGUUGUACACAUUAUUGGUGGGCAAUCCGCCAUUCGAGACCGAUGCAAUCAAGAGUACCUUAACACGAGUGGUCAUGGCCGAUUACGUGAUGCCACCCUACUUGUCGGACAAUGCGAAAGAUCUGAUAGAUAAGUUGCUGAAGAAGAAUCCGAAGGACAGAAUACGUUUGCAAGAUAUCCAAAAGCAUCCGUUCAUAAUGAACGUGGAAAAGAAUAUAUUAUAUGGAAGAACUGGCAAAGACAUCUUUACCGAUGGUAUGAUAGAUUCCGGACUUGGCAGGACAUUGUCGUCAUACGUUCCGAAAAUAUCUCGAUCUCGAUCGGAGGAAAGAAAAACUCCGAUGCCCGCGACCAGUUUGAGAAGCGAGGCGUGGUCCGAACCCGUCGCAAACAUACACUCGAAUCACAAAGCGAAAUACGCCAAUUACCGUCCGAAAGAUGAUUCCGUGUUGAUGAGUAUUCCCCGCAGUAAAAUAUUCUUGCACAAUGAACAGUACAGCCAUCACAGCAAGGAACACAACAACUUUGAAAAGCAGAUAAUAACAGAAAAGCACAAAGCAAAAAAAGAAAAAACCGUGGAAAAUUAUAAUCAAGAAAGAAUUGAAAACAAUACAAAAUUGCAAGUACCGCCAUUAAAUUCCAACAGAUUGGAACCUACGAGACACAGAACGAAGAAAGCGAUUUUGACUAUUCUCGAUGACGGGGAACUGUGCAUUGAGUUUACGCAAAAGCGCAGAAACACCGAAAAAGUCGUCGAUGUGUGCAGAAUAUCGGGCGAUGGUUUACGAAUCGUUCUCUACAAACCAGACGUGAUCACAAACGUCGGAUCGCGGCCGCCGCCGUUACCCAGCCGAGGAGCCGACAGUAUUUAUUCCUACGAGAAUCUACCGUCGUGUCAUCAUCGGAAAUACGAGUAUGCUUACCGCUUUGUGAAGUUGGUCCAGGCAAAGACCGCGAAAUUGACGUUAUACACCCAACGCGCGAAGUGCGUGAUAAUGGAGAACGGACCGGAACCUGAUUGUGAGAUGCACUUCUACAACAGAGUGCAAAUUGUUCGAGUGGACGGUGUUGUAAAGAUUGCCGAGAACAACGACACAUACGUCGAGGGAGAUCUUCCGCCUCAUCUCGAGAAUUAUUACGAUCAUUAUUUGGAAUGUUACAAGCAUUGUCUGUUACUGGAGUCCACUCUAACGUCUUUGGAAACGGCUACCGGACACUCUUGCUUUCCUGUGAUAAUAGGACGACGACCUAACACAGGUUUGGAUAAUUCCUCCUGUCAAGGGAAGGAAAAUUUCUCGCCAACGGUUACAAAUGGUUUCUCAAGAUUACCUUCGUUUGACGCUACCUGCUCCGUUAUCUCGACGGUGACGUCUAAAUCGCAUAAAAUGCGCAAUUCUUUUAAUAAUGUGAAUAAAGUGGAGGUACCGGGGAUUGGCUUUGCUACUACAUUAUCGUCCGGCGACAUUAAAGUCUAUUACAAGGACGGAUCGUCUUUAACUGUAAAUCCGCAAAAUCACACAAAUGGCAUCACAUAUGAGACUAACGACGGUGUUGUUGUACGAUGUAACAAUAACCAGCAACAUUUGGACUUUCCGAUUCAAGAGAAACUCCGUCAAUUGCCAAUGGUCAUGAGAUAUCUCAUGGAACCAAACUACAAAUGCAUUCGGUAGUUCUGUGAGAAACUAUUGUACAGUAUGACGAUGUUGGUACACGUUCGUCUGUGAAAUUGUAAGCUUGUAAAUUUACAUACAAUUCAGUAUAGAUUUAUAAAUUUUUAA